CUCACAAUCACAAUAUUUAUAAAAUUUUAAACUUUUCAUCAGAUCGCUGACGACUUUGUUUUCAAUUCGCACAACUAAAUAUUACAUGUUAAAAUUAGCAUAUAGUUACACGAGAUGUGCGACUUAUUACAUUCCAUCGAAUUAGUCAAUGUUUCAGAUAAUGAUAAAUUUUUACAUUCACUAAUUUUGCUCAAGGGUGUUAUAAUCAAUCGCUGUGAAACAGGUCAGCUGAAAGUACGAGUCGAUAAUGUUGAUUGGCCAGCCUCCAGCAGUGUCCGAUUUAUUAAUGAUAAAAAAGGUCAAUUUAGGUUGUUGAUAAAUCUGAAAGAAGGAAAAAAUCACGUAACACUAGUUUAUUGCGAACAUGAAGUAGCAGUAAACAUAUGCUUUGAGAGAUCUGCGUGCCCCUAUACAAUUAUACCUCUAUAUAUCAUAUGCCAAGGUCACGAUGGUUCUUACCAGUCAGAUACAGUAAAUAAUGACAUUCAGAAUGCAUGCCGUAAGAUUAAUCUAGGUAUCAAGUUAGUGCAAUCUCUUUAUGCAGAAAAGUUAUUCGAGAGAGGAUUUGGGAGAAAAACGUUCACCGUUGGCAGCGAUUGCAUUCCUUUUUAUAGUUCACUAGCAGUGGAUGAAUCAAGACUGAUGACCGAUCAAGAAUUAUGGAACUAUUUCUCCAAAGAAAUUAUUGAAUCAGAGCUGUUAAAGUCAGAAAAACAAAAAUUUAUUGCAUUUAUAAGCAGUACAUUUUACGAGGGUAUAUCGAAUAACGACUUUUCCUACGAAAAUAUAAAACGCCACACAACAGGACAUGCUGCACUUGGCGGUGGUGGUUUAGCAUUAUUUGGUACUGGCUGUCUUUACACGUGGCCUAGCAGUUUGCCAGAAAUUGUUCCGGCAUUUUUGAAUAAAAAAAAAAUUAACCGAGCUUCUUUAAUGGACGACAGCAAUCAUCGGCAUACGUACGGUGGAUGUUACGCUACUACCAUAGGAUCAGUGUGCCACGAACUGGGUCACAUAUUUGACCUUGGCCAUACAAAGGAUGGUAUCAUGGGUAGUGAAUUCGAUCAUGUCAAUAGAGUCUUCACUCUGGUCACGAAUACAGAGGCCUUACCAGAUCGGAUUGUUGGCCAAACUAAUAUUAAGGAAUCAAUGAAUCGUAAACUGACAGCCAUUAAGCGCCCAGGAGAAUUUCUGCGGAAAUACCAACAGCAGAAAGAAAGUGAUGUGACGUAUUUUGCGGAUAAUUGUGCUAUUAUAUUGCAACAUCACAAAUGGUUCAGCUUCAAUCCCUGCAUAAAUAUUUGCGAUACUAAAUUAAGUUUCAACUUCAUUACACGAUUCGUAACUAGUAUAAACUCUUUCUUAAAAUUGAUAGAGUUACGCGAAAGAAAAUAUGGAAUGCUUAAAAUAUACUGGUCAUUUAUGGAUAGCCCAACUAAUAGUUUUCAAAUUAUGACGGAUAUUGAUCUCUCCGAGUUGACUUUAUUUGUGAUCGAUCACGUUGGUAAUAUUUUAAAGCAAGACUUAUAGGUUCUAGUCUAUUGUUUUCGUAAUAAUUUUUUAUUAAUUAUCCAAGAAAUGUACAAACACGCGUAUUUCGACUAUUACGUAUUCAGUAUUCAACAUCUAAAACUCUUUUCAGUAAAUAUGACAACUGAAGAAGUAUGCGAAAUUCGUGCACAAGUAGGUAGUUAUUGAAAUACGACUGUAUGUAAAAAAAUUCGUGAUAUUUGUUGUAGUAGAAAUAAAUAGCACACUUAUUUUUCAUAUUUUUAGGAAUUCUGCAAAUACGCUCAAAAAUAAAUUUGAAUUAUUGUUGAUUGCAAGGAAAAUUGGUCGGUGUUAAAUCAGACCGGACCAAGCCGCAAAAUUUAAAAAAAUAAGUUAAUGACAGCAAACGAUUGAGAAUUUCCUAAACUACAUUUUACUCUAAUCAGAUUACAUAAAUGUUGCAAACAGCCAAAGAUAUGAAAUGAUUUCGAAAGAUUGAUAGCUUUGAACUACACAGCAGCAGCAAACUUUGAACACGUUUUUCUCGAAAUCAGAGUUUUGUCAGUUUUUUUUCCAUGUGUGGACUCAUUACUGCGACCAGUCUAGUUGAUCUAUUGUAAUAUCGCCCGGGUGUUUGCUGUAUGACCUGCACUGCAUUUCUUUUAGCUAUAAUCGCUAUUGAAUGAGCGAUAUGCUCAUUAAGUUUUAUGCGAGCUUGUGUGUAUUGGGGUUUACCCUUCCUUCAAAGCUUGAUCUACUUUACCCACAUAUUCCUCGCUGCCAGUACUAUCCCAUAUUAUAGCCGUCCCUGGCGAGGACUCAUUCGUACCUCUGACCAGUACACUUAACUAUAGGAGGGACAUUUGCACUGUCAAGAGGCUUCAGAGGGUAAAAUAUAGAAUUCAGCAUGAAGGAAGGGGGUAAAUGGAGGGGCCUGGGAAUAAACCCAUGCUAAAGUCACGACAUCGAAUGGCUUGAUUCUACUAAGAUUCGAACCCACGACCACUCGCUUGUCAAAGCAGACUCGAUAACCUUGCGGCUACGGAGCCCCCGGAGUUGGUUCGUUCUGACUUAACACCGAUCAAUUGUACCAUCCAAAGUACGAAAUCGCUUACAAAAGUGCGAUCCUGCAUUAAAUCGUUUCGGUAUCCUUGGUGCGUUUUUUCGUUACAUUCCAAGCAAUAAGUGCGCCGAAGAGACCGAAACGAUUUAACUUAAAAUAGCAAUUUUUUGAGCGAUUACGCACUUGCUGAUGGGACAAUCUUCCUUGCAAACAGCAAUAAUUAUUGAGUAUAACAGAAAGUCGAUUUAGGGUAGUCGUUAUAAUUCAGAAUAUUAGUCCUAUAAAACACUAAGUAAUAGAGACAGAUUAGUAAGAUAAAAAUAAAUAGAA